AUGGAGUCUCAGAACUUUGGGCACCAACAUCCAAUGGUGUUCAACGAGGAGAGGAGCAAUGAAACCAAAGAAGCUCAUUGCGGGAGAUGUGGAGAGACGGUGUCCGGUCCAUUCUUCAGCUGUCCGGAAUGUGGAUUUUCACUCCACAACAAAUGUGCGGAGGCACCUUCAGACAUUGCUCACCCUUUCCAUCGCCAACACCCUCUUCGUCUUCUACCAAAACCACCACCAUACUAUGGACGAUGUAUUUGUGAUUUUUGCGGUGAAAAAUGUGAGUUCUUUAUUUAUCAUUGUUCUUGUGAAAUAGACUUGCAUAUCAAAUGUGCUUUAUUUACCCUUAGCAUAGCCGAAAAGAAAACUGAAGAGCUUAAACACAUAGCCACCAUUGAACCACCAGUGGUCCCGGGAGAGGGUGACAAAUCACUUGAAAACUCUGUGUGUUUUGGGUGUUGGGAACCAUUAGGAGAGUCUACAUACUUUUCUAUCGAUUUUGGGUUCAACCUACACAAGAAAUGUGCCCAACUACCCCAUGAAAUCAACCAUCCCUUUCACAAACAACACCCUCUUGUUCUACAGUUUAAUGGUGAACGUUCCUCCUGUAACAUAUGCCAACGGACACGACGUAGGGGAUUUCUUUAUUGUUGUUCACCGUGUAAGUUUCCUGUUCACAUUAAAUGUGCGGAGUUACCUUCUAAAAUCAGUAACCCCUCCCAUCGUAGACACGCUCUUGUUUUACAGUCUAACCAUGAAAAUAUACCUUGCAAGGCAUGUCAAGAAACCCAAAAUGAGAAAUUUGUUUAUUCUUGUUCACCUUGUAAGUUUGCUCUUCAUAUCAAGUGCGCAACACCACCACCUUUCAUUAAAGGAAAAUAUCAUCAACACCCAUUCGCUCUGGUCUGGAAAAUAGCCUCGUUCAUUUGCGAUGCAUGUGGCCUCGAAGGGAAUUCAAUUUCCUAUAUGUGCUCUGCAUGCACCCUUGUAAUCCAUCAAAAAUGCGCCUCAAUACCUCCUAUUAUAAAAGUCCCACGGCAUCAUCACCCUAUUUUUCACAACUAUUUCCUCUCAGGAAAUGAGUUUAAGAAUCAGAAUUGUGAGUUUUGUGACACCGAGGUUAAUAUAGACUAUGGGAGUUACUAUUGCUCAGAUUGCAAUUUUAUUGCCCAUGUGAAGUGUGCAAUGGUAGAAGGCUGGUACGAAGUAAUUGAGGCAAAAGAUUUAGACGAGGGACGUGAUGAUGAUUGGGCAUCCAUUAAUCCCGUCACUCGUGUAAUUGAGCAAAAUGAGGGUGGAGAAAUGACAAGAAUAGAACAUUUCAGUCAUGCACAUCAUCUGAUAUUAAGUGACAAUUUCAUGGAUAAUGAUAAGACUUGUGAUGGUUGCAUGCUACUCAUCUCAACCUCAUUUUACUAUUGUUCCUCGUACUGUGACUUCUAUCUUCACAAAACUUGUGCUGAAUCACUCAGGAAGAAGUUGCGUUGGUCUCAUCGACAUCAACAAGGACUCAGCCUUGUUGUCGGCUACAUUUUCAAAUGCAGAGUUUGCGAAUGUGAGAGUAGCGGCUUUGCCUAUAAAUGUGAAGCAUGUAAUUCGCGUUUUUGCCUUCCAUGUGUGGUUAGCAGAGAUUAUAGAAUCACACAUCCAGCACAUGAACACCCUCUCUUCUUUUUAAAAGAGGUCAAAGGGAAUUGUAAAGGUUGCGGUAAAUUAUGGACAAACCUACACAGAUGCAGGCGUUGUGAUUUCAAUCUGGACUUUUUUUGUCAAUCAUUGCCGCUUAUAAUUCGAGACAGGCGUGAUGAACAUCCGCUGGCACUCACAUAUCAGGAGGUCAAUGAUUAUUCAAAAUAUCUUUACUGUGACAUCUGUGAGAAAAAAAGAAAUCCAAAUCACUGGUUUUAUCAUUGUGCAACUUGUGAUUUUUCUGCUCAUCCACAAUGUGUCCCUCAAAGCCGUCUGUUGAUCAAACCUGGAAGCAUGUCCAAAGCAGAAGGCCACCACCAACAUCCUCUUACUUUUGUACGCAAGCCUCAUUAUUAUCUUCAAUGUCACAAAUGCAGUAAGCUCUGCGAAGAUUUGGCUCUCGAAUGUGCAGACUCUACAUGCAAUUAUACAGUCCAUUGGGAAUGUGUAAAGCCAGCUGAGUUCAACAUUUAUGAACCAGUUGCGCUUUACAAAACUCAAGCAGAUCGCUAA